AGGUUCAUGAACAACAUGUUACCUGGAAACCAAACAGACGUUUCAGAAUUCCUACUGCUGGGAUUGACAGAUGAUCCGGAAUUGCAGUCCCUCCUCUUCUACCUGUUCCUGUCCAUCUACCUGGCCACUGUUCUGGGAAACCUGCUCAUCAUCCUGGCCGUCAUCUCCGACUCCCACCUGCACACACCCAUGUACUUUUUCCUCUCCAACCUGUCCUUUACUGACAUCGGCGUAAUCACAGUCACCAUCCCAAAGAUGCUGGUGAACAUCCAAGCACAGAAUCAGAGCAUCACUUAUAUAGGCUGCCUCGCCCAGAUUGGCUUUGCCCUGGUUCUGAAUGGAUUUGAGAAUUUUCUCCUUGCAGCAAUGGCCUAUGACCGCUAUGUGGCCAUUUGUCACCCCUUGAGGUACACAGUUAUCAUGAAUGCCCAUCUUUGUAUUCUGCUCAUCGUACUCCCACUGUUCCUUAGUACAGUGGCUGCCUUGCUCCACAGUCUGAUGGUGUUGCGGUUGUCUUUCUGCAAGGAUCUGGAAAUCCCUCACUUCUUCUGUGAGCUUGCUCAGGUCCUGAAGCUCGCAUGUUCUGACACCCUCAUCAAUAACCUUCUGGUAUAUGUCCUUAUAAGCCUGUUUGGUGGUAUUCCUCUGUGCGGAAUCAUUUUCUCUUAUAGUCAAAUUGUCUCCUCUGUAUUGAGAAUCCCAUCACUGGGGGGAAAGCUUAAAGUUUUUUCCACUUGCGGGUCUCACCUCUCAGUUGUCUCCUUGUUCUAUGGAACUAUUUUUGGUGUGUAUAUUAGUUUUGCGAUUGCUGAGUCAUCCAGGAAGACUGCAGUGGCUUCCAUGAUGUACAUUGUAUUUCCUCAAAUGAUGAAUCCCUUUAUCUAUAGCCUGAGGAACAGGGACAUGAAACAAGCCUUGAAGAAACUCGUUGGUAGGAUACCUUCUUUUCUGAUUUGUGCCAUUUACUUUGGGCAAGGGUUUCUAGAAUGA